CCCGGAAUAGGUGGGACCCACAUGCCAGUGACACGUACUGCAGGUGCAGUACAGCAGUGGAUUUGCAUCCCCCACCUCACACUCCCACCACCGUCACGUCGCCCCUCUGCUCUCUGCACUGCUGCGGCGAGGAGCUAGCUCGAGCCGGCCGGAAGCCAUGGCCACGGCGGAGCAGCGGCAGAUCGAGCACGUCCACCUCCCCGUGCGGGGGCUCACCCUCCACGUCGCGCAAGCCGGCAAAGGGGAGCUCGGGACGGUGGUGUUCCUGCACGGGUUCCCGGAGAUAUGGUACUCGUGGCGCCACCAGAUGCUCGCCGUCGCCGCCGCAGGGUACCGCGCCGUCGCGCCGGACUGGCGUGGGUACGGGCUCUCCGACCAGCCGCCGGAGCCGGAGGCGGCGGUGUACGACGACCUCAUCGAGGAUCUCCUCGCCAUCCUCGACGCCCUCGCCGUGCCCAAGGCAUUCCUUGUUGGAAAGGAUUUUGGGGCAAUGCCAGCUUACGACUUUGCUCUCCGUCACCCAAACCGCACAUGUGGUGUGAUGUGUCUGGGCAUCCCCUUAGGCACUGCUGGUUUGUCCUUUGACACAUUGCCAGAAGGAUUCUACAUUUUACGUUGGGCGCAACCAGGAAGAGCAGAAGCUGACUUUGGCAAGUAUGAUGUAAAGAGAGUUGUGCGCACCAUCUACAUACUAUUCUCUAGGAGCGAGAUCCCCAUAGCUAAGGAAAAUCAAGAGAUCAUGGAUCUUGCAGACUUAUCGACACCCCUUCCCGAGUGGUUUAGUGAGGAGGAUCUUGAUGUCUACUCAUCCCUCUAUGAGAAUUCUGGUUUUAGAUAUCCGCUACAGAUGCCAUAUAGGUCUCUGCACCAGAGAAAACCAAUUGGAGAUGCAAAAUUCCAAGUCCCAGUGUUUAUUGUCAUGGGAGAAAAAGAUUAUGUCUUUAAGUUCCCUGGUAUCGAGUCUGCUAUGAAAGACGGAACUAUGGAGAAGCAUGCACCAAACAUAAAGAUCACCUACAUCCCUGAAGGAGGGCAUUUUGUGCAGGAGCAGUUCCGUGACUAUGUGAAUGAGCUCCUUCUUGGCUUCUUGAAAGAUCAUCCUGUGGUUAUAUAAAUGCUAUUGUAGCCUCAGUUGUGCUUCACCCGUAGUUCAAGUUGGCUUAGAAAACGUUGUGCUAUAUCAUGGUAUGAAUUUGUCAACAAACUAAGGAUCAGCUAUGGCUAGUUUGUUACUUUCAGUAAUGCCUAUUUGAGCUUGUUGUAUCUAGGUUGUCCUGCUGGUGUUACUAGCAAUGUAAAGACUAAACCCAUUGCUAUACUUCUACCAUGACUUUUGCAAGCCAAUGAUGUGAACUUAUACCAUGAUUUUAGAAA